UCUGUCACUUCUCCACUGUCUUUCUUCUCUUGUCAUACAACAACACCACGCCCAUCUUCCUUGAACAUACUGGUUCUUUUCAGUUGUUGCUGAGUACAUACAGACUAAAUGAUACCGAUGUGAACUGGCUAUAGUCUGUGUCAAUUAAUUCCCAGCAGAGAGAUCGUUUUAUGUUUACCGAGUUACGGAGUCACUCCUUGUACCCAGGGAAGAAGAAAGCUCAAGCACACGACGUAUUGCCAAAUCUCCUAUCGUCCAAUCGAGCCAAAACAACUUACCAACCUUCGCUCGGAUGUUUAGCUCAGAUCAAUCUGCUCUUGAUUAAUUUACCGACUCCUUAUUCUCUUUCGUCGUCCUCCUUCCCCGCGUUGAGCUAUUCCUCGACAUGUCCGUCACCACACGUGCCAGAGUGAAGCCCAAUUCGAGCUUCGCCUCGAAUCGGCUGACUAGAAAGGACACCAUCCCUGGUGGACAUCUUCUCACCAGUUUCCGCACUGGCGAGACGAGCAAGCCGGGGAGCGCCCGACACGAGCCAGCAACGGAUGACGAACCCCAGAGCAGCAGCCACAGCGAAAAUGAUGACCAGUCUGACGACGACUUAGGUAGAUCGAGUCGCUACACACGCCGAUCAGGACUUACAUUGGACGAGAAGCUCGCCAGAGACUCACUGGAAGGCGGGAAGACACCGCGAGCUUCUCGGCAGAGGACUGAGACAAAGAAGUCGAAGUCCUCCGCCUCGAACCGGAAGAGGACUUUAAGCGGCAUGGUUGAUGAUGGAAACUCAAUAAGUGACGAGGAUGACCUUCUCUGGUCUUCGCAAUUCAGGUCGUCGGACAGCGUCAAACGGCGGAAGCCUACGGUCAGUUAUGGCUCGAGGAAAUCCUUCGGACAGGGUUCGACGCCUCACUGGACGUCUCCCGCGGCCUCACAGUCUCCCUCGGUGGGUGCUCGGGAAGGAAAAGCAAGAAAGGGUUCAAAGCGGGCAAGGAGUACCUCGCGCAGUCCGAAGGAGGAGUUAAAAAUGCCGCGUGCGAUCGAGUCGAGUCCGAAACCCGAAUUCAAAGCGCCGCCUCCCCUCCCAUCCAAUAUUACUCCUAGCACCUCGUUCGCUGGUUCCUCCGCUCGUGAUAUCAUCUCUUUGAACCUGGACGACAGCGAUUCCUCGUCCAGUACGGCUCUGAGCUCCGCGUCGUCGACGUUGCUGGAGGAGCUAGCUCGAUUUGAUGAGUCUCUGCUUGGGUCGGAGGACGAAUGGAACACAUUGGAACCCUCUUUGUGUCCAUGGUGCAAGGAGUCCGUGCCCCGCGAGCUGCUCAGGCGCUUUCAAGCACAGCCGAAGCAACGGAUGCGUGAACAGCGACGAUUUUGCGAAUCACACAAGCAUACGGCCGUCGAGAGGGAGUGGCGAGAAAAGGGCUAUCCGACCAUUAACUGGGAAGCAUUUGAGCAGCGCAUCGAGCCGCACUUGGAGAGUCUCGACCGAAUUCUGGAGCCAGAAAGCUCGUCGUUCUACAGAAACAUUUUGGACACCAAGCUCAAGAGCGGCGAGGCCAAGAACUUUCGGCUUGACAUGCAUGGUGAGGGACUGGAAGAUAUCUCGUGCGGCUACUACGGCACCCGUGGCGCUACUAAAAUGCUCGAACGUAUCAUGGUACGAUACGCCCGCAAGCUGCGUCGCCUGGGCUCUGAGGAUCAGAUAGUCAAUACAGCGGGCGUGGCCGGGUACGCGCAAGCCGUUCUGGUACCCGAGUUGGCGAUGAGGCUUGUCAAGGAAGAUAUGAAGGUGGAUGACGACCAAGCGAGACAAAUUCUGCGGGACAGUAUGGAGCUUGGGGAAGCUAUGAAUCCGGAAUUGAGUGACAAGAUCGCAGUCAAAGAGGCCGAUGAACCCGGUGUGCAAGAGGGAAUGACUGUUUGAUUGUGAUUGGUGGCUUUGCUGGCUGGGAAUCCCUCUCGCGUUCUAUUCAUGUAUGUUUUACUACGAGUGAUACCUAUUUGAUCUGUGCGAGAACUAGUCCGAUCUUCAAAGCAAUGUACGACAACUGGAGAGUGGAGUUUUGCGAAAUGGUGUGCGAUUCCGUGAUUGUGAG